UACACAAAGUAAUACGAAUUUUAAACUUCUAUCCACAGUAUCUAACUUUCCGGAGGUGGCGUGUCACUUGCAUGAUUCCAUGGAAUAAGAAAGAUGAAACCAUACGUCAGAACAUUCUCAAUGGAGAUGGAUACGUUUUAUGCCUCACUGUGGAAGAUUAGAGCCAAGGGAGCAACAUUUCUAUGGAAACGAGCAGGAGGAGGCCAACACCUCAGGCCAAAGAUAAGGUCGCUUGGGGGUAUCACUAUGGACCUUGUAGCUGGACUUGGAGGAAGAACGUUUCAUAUCUUUUGUGCUGGCGUUGGAUUACUACUGCUCUACCGCUUACUUUUGCGCCUCAGAUCUGGAACUUCUCUUCAAGAUGCUGUGGUGGUCAUCACUGGUGCGAGUUCUGGGCUUGGAAAAGAAUGCGCACAGGUGUUUCAUUCUGCAGGUGCACGUCUUAUAUUGUGUGGGAGAGAUGGUUCACGUUUGCAACAGGUUGUUCUAGAACUAACAUCCAAAUCACUACAAACACAGAUUAAGCAUGCACACCCUCCAAAAAUGGUUGUGUUUGAUUUAGCUGACACCGCCGCAGUGGGCAGAGCUGCAGAGGAGAUUCUCGCCUGUUAUGGACACAUAGAUGUUAUAAUAAACAACGCUGGCAUCAGUAACCGUGGCAACAUUCUGGAUACUCAACUAUCUGUUCAGCGGGAUGUCAUGGAAACUAAUUAUUUCGGGCCGAUCGCUCUCACUCAAGCUCUUCUGCCCUCAAUGGUCCAGCGACGCAGUGGCCAUAUCGUAGCCAUCAGCAGUGUCCAAGGCAAGAUAGCCAUUCCGUACAGAUCUGCUUAUGCAGCAUCAAAGCAUGCCAUGCAGGCUUACUUUGACUGCCUGCGAGCUGAAAUCAACCAAUAUGGGAUUCCAGUUACCGUGAUUAGUCCUGGAUACAUUAAAACUAAUUUAUCGAUAAACGCAAUCACGGGAGAUGGCACCAAACAUGGAGUGUUAGACAAGACCACUGCCGCAGGAUGGGAGCCCAGAGACGUGGCACUGGCAGUGUUGAGAGCGGUCAGACUGAAGAGCAAAGAUGUCGUACUGGCUGGACUGACCCCGACACUGGCCAUCUAUCUUCGGACGCUAUGGCCGGGUCUCUUCUUUAAAAUCAUGUCUUCUCGGGCCCGCAAGGAACAAAAGAAUAGCGACAAAAAUCAGUGAAAAUGGACAAUGAAACAUGACUGCCAAAUUGUAAUAUAUUGUUAUGAAGAAUACCUACCAGCCUGAUGUUUAUUUUUUCUCUCUGGCUAUUGUGGCUCUAGUACUUUUCAAAUGUUGCUAAAAUACCCGAUUUGUUGCAUUCAUUUAUUUUUUUUAUUUUUUUGUAUGUGAUAUGUGAUGGCAUCAUUUCAGUUCCUAUUUAGUAUUUCAAUAACUAUAAUCUAUACAGACCUAUGUUGAAUCCACAAUAUUUUUUUGUUAGGAAUGGGAUUUUUUUAUAUUUGGCAGAGUAAAUAUCACAUUUGUUAAGUUUUGCCCAAGUUUUGCCUUUGAAGGUUAUGCCAUUCUUGUUUCAUGAGGAUAGGCCUAGUAAUGACAGAACUAUUAAUAAAUAAUUCAUAAAGUAGUCUCUAGUUCGUCAGUUGAAAGUCAAAUCAAAGAAUUCUGACCUGCCCAGCUUAUCUUUAAACUACGGUUGAUAUAGAAAACUUUGUCAUACGAACCCAACCCAUUAGUGAUUUCACCAACAAGAAUUUGAUUGCCUUUUAUUACUUCUAUAAAAAUGAAAUCUAACUGGCCAAAGUGGCUAAUGGUACAAAUACAAUUAUUGCCAGCGUGAGAAAAA